AUCAAAAGAUUCGAGUCACGAGGCUGAAUCAAAAUGCCCACCGCUGAGCGCCAACUAACAAUUUUGAGAGUUACGUCGAAGGAAGACUUAAAUACAAUGCUAGUGUAGGAGGCUGCAGUGUCUAACGUUAGCUCUCUGAUUACGCUAUAUCCAUGACAGGUGUCGUUUACACAUCAAAGUGACAGACAUGUCCUGCGUCAUGUUACGAGGCUCUAACGUUAACUCCGAAAACUUGCCAGGCUUCCGAACAAUGUACAGAAUCUGAAAUGGCCUUAGGAAUCUGUACGAUGAAUGAAUAAGAUGGUUCGACAGGCUGUUCUGGAGAUUUCAGCCUUUUGGUUUAAUUUUAACAUUGUUAAACCAUAACUGAUACAUUUUAGUUCAGACCGCUUCUCAAAUGCGGAUGGCCAAAUCCAGAUUCAGCAGAUUCUGCUCAAUAUCUGCUCUUUCAAAUGAGCGCCUCAGCUCGUUUCACUGGACCUACUGUACAGCAUGCUCCUUUCAUGCACUGAUGCAUGCAGAAAACAACACGGCAACACAUUAGACUGAAACAAUCAACCCCAGAUCAACCGCUAACUUCCUGUAUUUGUAAGAGGAAGGCAGCGCCAGACCCUCUGAAUCACCCGCCGAGCGAGACCUUGCUCUCUCGUGCUAAUGUCAGUAGUUCUUUUGUGUUGAGCAGUGCCGCCCCUCCCCCCCCAUCAUCUCCCACCCAGACCCACAGUACAAUGUGUGCUCUUUGUAGGCAAGCCUGUAACAGGACGCCAGGUGGUCUGUGAUUGGCUGAGCCGAGGCCCCCUCUCCCCCAUCGUCUUUUUCUGGUUCAUAUGCAUGAGAUAGCAGGCUGGUGUGUGCCUGCGCAGCUGCCUGUUCCAGACAGGAAAAGAGAGGGAGAGAAACAGGAGACAUUGGGGAAGGUUAGAGGAAGAGGAAUAGAGAACGGAAAUCGGGUGAGGAGACGGCGGGCGACUGUGAUUAGGGGGGUUGUAAUCAUGUCUAUGUUCUGUUUGACUGGCUGGCGAUGAGAUCAAGCAGCCAUGGCCAUGUCACUGAGUGCCGACGAUGAGGAUUACGACUCGGACACAGCCGAACAGCAACGGCUACCCAACAGACCCAAGCCCAAAAUGGCUGCAUCAACAGUUACUACUCCGGCAGCGACCUCUUCUUCAUCCACUGCAACUGCAGUCAAGUUGCCGUCCAAUCGAACCUCCUCUGGAGCUCGCCGUAGACGCACACGAUGUCGAAAAUGCGAGGCAUGUGUGCGGACAGAAUGUGGAGAGUGUCACUUCUGCAAGGACAUGAAGAAGUUUGGAGGACCUGGUCGAAUGAAACAGUCUUGCAUUAUGAGACAGUGUAUAGCGCCUGUGUUACCACAUACAGCAGUAUGUGUAGUGUGCGGAGAAGCUGGUAAAGAAGACACACUUGAUGAUGAAGAUGAAAAAUUUAAUGCCAUGCUCAUGGAGUGCUCCAUCUGCAACGAGAUUGUCCACCCAAACUGCCUCAAGGUGAAGGAUGCAGCUGGGGUGGUAAAUGAUGAGCUUCCUAACUGCUGGGAAUGUCCAAAAUGCAAUUAUGCUGGAAAGACUGGAAAAGCCUGCAAGCAAAAACGGGGCCCAGGCUUUAAAUACGCAUCCAACCUGCCAGGCUCCCUGCUGAGGGAGCAGAAAGCAGGACGCGACGGAAGAGAGGAAGGGGAACAGACAUCCACAGGUGCUUCAUCCAUUAAGAGGAAGAGUGAGAGGGAGGAAACUCCCAGACUGAAGACCGAAGAUUUACCUUCUCGUCUUCCCCCACUCUUGAGCCCUAGUGGCCUGCCAAGACCACGAUCUGAAGUGCCCAACUUCUUGAGGAAAAAGAGAAAGUUAUUUGAUGAUGAUGAAGAAGAAGAGGAGGCUAGUGCUAAAAAGAAGCUGAAGAAAAUCUGGAGGCCUGAAGAGCCUUUGCUUCCCAAACUAUCUCACAUGAAAAUGGAAGAGGAGGAAGAGAACUCGGAUGAGGAUGAAGAGAAGCGAGAUCCUCCCCGUCGUUCAUUUAAGAAAGACUACAGCACCGUAAGAAAAGAGGAAGAGCAUGAGGAAGAGAGGAGGGAGGAGAGAGAUCCACCUUUCCGAUCCCUAAACGAGUUCAACACACUCCGGAAAGAGGAAGAUCUAGAUGAAGAAAAGGAGGAUGAUGAUGAGGAAGAGGAGGAUGACAAUAAUGGCAAACGAGGCAGGGACAGCAGCCCUGCUCUGAAGAACAUCUCCUUAUCGCUUGAGAGUGAUGCUUCACGGUGCAGCUCCCCAAGAGCAGGGCCAAGCAGCGAAGGUAGUGAGACUCAAGAGAAGGCACCACGUGCUCGAGCAAAACGACACCGGCGCAAACCCCCUAACCGCCAGCUCAGCGCAGAACUCAGCAAGCAGCUCAACAUGGAGAUCCGUCGCACUGAGCAUUCACUGGCCAAUGAGAACCAGCAGCCACUCAAGAGUGAACCCGAGGACAGCGAGAACGAGGAACCGAAGAGAGGCCUCCGGAACGGGACUGCAGGGAACGGAGGAGGAGGUGGAGGAGUAGAAAGAGGAGCAGGUGGGGAGGGAGGAGGGGAGCGGCCGCACUUACGAGCGAGGGAGAUGAACGGGACAUCUUGGGAGCUGCGGCACUUUUACCCUCCUCAGAUUACCCCACUUGGCUUGAACCGCAGUUCACCUACAGUCAGACCACUUCCGGCACGUUCUCCUCCCAAGUGUGUUCAGAUGGAGCGCCAUGUGAUCCGACCACCUCCAAUCUGCCCUCCACCUGAUAGGCUACCACUAGCUGAUGGACGCAAUCACAUCGCUCCCAGAGAAGCUUGGUUGGCUAUUUUCAGUCACCUGAGCCAUCGUGAACUCUGCGUGUGCAUGCGAGUGUGCCGGACAUGGAAUCGCUGGUGCUGUGACAAGAGAUUAUGGACCCAUAUCGAUUUGAAGCGUUGUAAGUCCAUCACUCCGCUUAUGCUAAGUGGGAUAAUUCGCAGACAGCCCAUCACUUUGGAUCUAAGCUGGACCAACAUCUCCAAGAAGCAAUUAAGCUGGCUUAUUAACCGAUUACCAGGAAUGAGGGUGCUUCUCCUAUCAGGUUGUUCAUGGGUGGCCGUUUCAGCUCUCUGCACGUCCAGCUGUCCUCUGCUGCGUACUCUAGACCUACAAUGGGUGGAGGGGCUCAAAGAUCCCCAGAUGAGAGACCUGCUAUCUCCUCCCACUGACAACAGACCAGGUCAGAUGGACACACGCAGCAAACUUCGAAAUGUUACUGACCUGCGUCUGGCUGGUUUGGACGUCACGGACAGCUCUCUGCGUCUCAUCAUUAAAAAUAUGCCUGUACUCUCCCGUUUGGACUUGAGUUAUUGCAACCAUAUCAAUGACCAGUCAGUAAACCUGCUGACUGCUGCGGGGACUACCACUAGAGACUCCUUAACUGAUGUCAACCUUUCUGUGUGUAACAGGGUCACUGAUCAGUCGCUGAGCUACUUCAAACGCUGCGGAAGCAUCUGCCGCAUUGACCUGCGUUUUUGCAAGCAGGUGAGCCGACAGGCGUGCGAGCGCUUCAUUGCUGAGAUGUCGGUCAUCGUUCCCUUCCAACUGCAAGAGGAUAAACUGCUCCAAAAACUUCACGGCACCCCCUAGUGUCUUGGAGGAACUGAACGCCAAUCUAAAAUGAUACCAUGUAUCAGAUGCACUCGUGUUUGGACUGAAACUGGAUUCGCACAUUUGGGGGGAAAAAAAGCACUGCAACAAAUAUGUGGACAAAGUGACAAGGACAUAUUGUACUUAAAGGCACAUAAUUUUGCUCCUAUUCGAAAUAGUGUAUUCUGAAGUUGGACUUCUUUUUAGCAAAUCCUGUUCAUCUUUGAGGAGAUUACACGUGUUGUUAUUACCAAGAGAUUGUAUUUAAUAGGUGGUGUGGUAAAAAGCAGUGGAAGCAGUAGACAUGUGUAUAUAUACACACACACACACACACACACACACACACACACACACCCCCAUCUACAUACUCACUGGAUACCACAAUCCAUGAGUAAGCAUGAUUGUACAUUGUUAUCCAGUUUUUUGUUUGUUUUUUUUGUAUAAAAGAUGUAUCAAUUCAGAUUUCUGUGCUGUAUUUGGUUCAGUACUGGGUAUAUGUAUUGUUCUCUAUUUUCUUUUCAUUUUAAUAUAAUGGAAUUUUUUAAAUAUCUGUCCAUUUUGUCAUCAGUAUUGGAAUAUUCCAGUCUGAUCAGCAUUUUUCAGUCAUACGUUUUGACUGCUUUGAAUUUCAAGUACUUGCUGUUCUAAUCUCAGAGCAGAUAAAGAAGUAAAAUUUAGUUACUUUGAGGUCUAUUUAUGAAACAGUGCCAUAUUACAUCUGUUAUUUUACACAGCUUGUAGCAGGCAAAACUCCAGUAUGACUCUGUAGAGCGUGGUUCUACACGUGUUAGACCAAACAAAUUGCUGAUUACGUAUUCCAGCUAGCUCAGUAAUUCUGUUUUGUUCAACACGAUCAGGUAGUUCUGCAUUUUUUUUCCCCAUGAGGUUAAAAAAGACAUCCAUGCAGUAUUUGUCCAUGAAAAUCAUGAUGUUUUAUUCCUUCCACAGUGAUUAUUAUUGUAAAAUGGUAACUGUGAUGAUGACAGAUGAUUUUAAUAGUGUGUAUUAUUGUGAGUUUGUCUCAGGAUGGUGACUAUCAGAAAGAGGGAGCGUGCCAUCUGAUCUAAGCCACCAUACUUGUACCACUAUAAAUUAAGGCAUUGUUUGCCACUUAAAACACUCUAAUGUACAUUCGGCUAUUUAUAUUUGUAUGUAAUUAAAAAAAAAAAGAUUUUACUGUGAAA